AUGCUACGUGACACGACUUCAGCCGAUCUAUACGAACACAGUUGUCUAGCUACGUGCGUCGAUGACCUAAAGGAGAUCCUCGAACGAUUCUGGAGAAUCGAAGAACUCCCAAAUGAUGCCGCCGACUCCACGGUUUGGAAGUCUCACGAACUAGAGACGCACUUUAAGGAGCAUACCACCAUCGCUGACGAUGGACGAUACAUCGUACAAAUUCCCUUACGGGGGGAGCUAAACCAGCUGGGAGAUUCAAUGGGGCAAGCAAGACGCCGCUUGCUAGCCCUAGAAAGACGUCUCGCCAGCCAUGAGCCCACCUACGCAGAAUAUCGAAAGUUCAUGCGAGAGUACCAAGAGCUGGGCCACAUGUGCCCAGUAUCAACGGAGGAGCUCCCCAAAGUACGCUACGUGAUUCCCCACUCUUGCGUGGUCAAGCCAGACUCGACUACCACAAAACUACGCGUUGUGUUCGACGCCAGCGCGAAAUCAACGACGGGAAUCUCGCUGAACGACCUCCAAGCCGUAGGACCCGUGAUCCAGCCUGACUUGUUCCGAAUCUGGCUAGAUUUCCGUACUCAAACCGUGGUGGCGACUGCCGACAUCGUAAAGAUGUACCGUCAAGUGUGGGUAUCCGAGCCCGACACUUGGAUGCAGUGCAUUCUGUGGCGCGACAAGCCAAAGGACACGAUGCAACUAUUCAGACUCCUCACUGUUACGUACGGUGAGGCUGCUUCGUCUUAUUUGGCCUGCAGGGCGUUGUUCGAAGCCGGGGAAGAAGUGCGGACUUCCGAUCCCCAGACAGCUGACGCCAUCCAAUCAUCGUUCUACGUGGACAACCUUUCGUUGGGCGCAUCGACUCCCGAGCAGCUACGUGAGCUUAUGACCAGCGUCGAGCGAGCACUCAACAUACGCGGGAUGCCAUUGCGAAAGUGGGCAUCUAACUCACCAGAGAUCACCAGUAAAAUCCCGGUGGAACACCGCGAUACAACUGUACAGAUUGGUGAGAAGCAGGCCAUCAAGUUGCUCGGCCUGGCUUGGUGCCCUACAGAGGAUACGUUCCAGCUCGUAGUCCAGGAUGAGUUCUACGAGCCUUUGGGUUCAUUGGAGAAACGACGUUUGGGAUGA